CGUUUCCGGCGUCCUGUCACAAAAUGGUUCCCCUACAGCUAUAGGGAAGUCAGUAGCUUGUCUGUUUGUAGACACGAUGUUUCGUCGUAUUGUUUGAUUGAUGUUUUUGGCAUCUGUCGAUUUUUAAUCAUAAAUGGAUUCCAGGGUUUCUGAAAAAGAGGCGUCUCGCCCGUUGAGACGAUCAGCAAGGCAUUCUUCCGGUAAUGUUAAAGUAUUGAGUUAUGAACCGACCCCCAGGGGUCCCCUAAAGAGGACCAGAAAGAGGACAGAAAACCAAGCUCCUGCUGCAGCUGUCAAUGGUUCCAGAGACGUGGAGGAUGGCUCAGAGGAUGAAGGUGGGAUGCUUAAAGAGUCCCCUAGCAAAAAGAGUCGGCUGGGGACUGGAGGAGCAGCGGGCGACAGUGGGGAUGAGAAUGACAUGGAAUCAGUUGGAGAUUUGGAGGAAAAUGAAGAUCAGGAAAUGGAUUUUAUACAGGAUUCCUCUCAUGGCACUGAGCAACCAGAAAUAUGCCAAGGCGCCCUUGGAGAUGUGAAUUUAUCCCCUCGAGUCGUCCUCGGUGAGCGCUGCAGACCCCGUCAUGCUGUAAAUGAAGAUGCAGACUGGAUGAAAACAGCGAGAGUAAAACCAUCAACAAAAGGACCAGUAGCCCCCACCAAGACUGCCAUACAAAUCAGACCUCCGGCAAACAGACAUGACAUGCCGAUCCCUAAGGUCACCAGCAUGGCUGACUACAAGAAAACAAUGGAGGCCAAAGCCAGGAGCACUGGUAUACCGUCAGUUAACCACUAUGUCCCAAGUGCGUAUCCAGCCUCGGAGAAACCCUACACAACGCGACAACGUGUGAAUAACAUUCCAACAGAAAAAGAAACUGUUAAGCCCAAAAAACAAGGGGUAAAGAAAACGCCAGUUGCAAAGACAAGCUCUGGGUAUUCCUGUAGAGGAGUCAUAUGGUGUUUAUGGCGUUUGAUUCUCCUGGUGCUGUUCUGUUCUGCCGUGUUGCUGGCAUACAAGAUAAAAAAGACUGCAGACAGUAGAAAGUUUCCAUCCGGGGCUGUAAAAUCAGAAAGGUUUGCAGAUCAGUUGUCUCUUCUUGAGGCCCAGUUCCCAAAUCAGCGGCCUGUUUUGUGGAAGAGGAGCAAGAUCCACCUGGAGAAGCACCUCCAGACAGCCCAGCCCACAGAGCCAGUCAGUCUGAUCUUUACUGCAGGGCAGAGUGCUGAGAGGACGCUGCACUGCCUGGCUCGGGGGCUGGCCUCCUCCUUCUCCGCUGCCCUCAACGCCUCUGUCCUCCACAUCGAUGGAGCCAGUAAAGCCAGCCAGGGCAGCGAUGAGGUGAAGCUGGACAUCGACAGCCAGUUGCGAGCGGCUUUUGACGGUGACAAACCCGUGGCUGUUAUUCAUCGCUUCGAGGAGCUGCCUCCAGGCUCCACCCUCAUUUUUUAUCGCUACUGUGACCACGAGAACGCCGCAUACAAGCGGGUGUUUUUGUUGUUUACUGUGCUACUUCCUCAAGAUGAGGUCAAGGUUGAUCAGAAUCUGAAGCAAGUGGAGGAGUUGGUGCAAGACUAUCUCAAGGAAAGGCUGGUGGACUCCAGCAGCCAGAUUGCCUUCAAUGAGAUGGACAUUGACAAGUUUGGUGGACUGUGGAGCCGCAUCUCCCAUCUUAUUUUACCUGUGGUGUUUGAGAAGGAAGUAGAGCAGAAAGGAUGCUGAUGACAUCAGAAUACCACUUUGGACCAGCCUGAUCCUGCUUGGGAAGAACAUGUAAAUAUAACGUGUGUGUGCUGUUACAUUUCACAUGUAGACUUGAGUGAAAAUGUUUGAAGGUUGUGUUAAUCUCUCUCUGUCUGAGAUGAGAUUGUUCUCAUGCUGCAGUCCAUUGUUGAUGAUUCAGUUUAACUGCUCACAAAAUGUCCAGCACUGAUCUUUUUUAUACAUGCAUACAUGUACAGGCUUUUGCCUUCAUUCCACUUCCAAAGAAGGAUAUGAAAUCCAUGUUCUCAUGCACAUUUAGCAUACGAUCUAUAGCUUAAUUUGUUGUAUCCUUGUUUUGUGUCAUGAAUCUGUAUUGACAGCACUUUGUUCAACUGAUUUUAACCCUUCUAAAAGGUUAAAUAAUUAGCAUGGAUUACACAGGCUCAAAAUAAAACAAAAAAGUUUUGUUUUCUGACGACAGCUUUUGUUUUAGGUGUUCAUGUUUGUUGGUCUGUAUCAAACCUUGCGGACAACUGAUGGCUUAUAUAUUUCUGUUUAAUGUCCCCAUGGAGAUGUGCUUCCCUUCAUUUAAUUCUCUGGUGUACACAUUUGGAUUUGCACUAAAGUUUGCUUUAACUAUCCAUCUUAUCCAGAGUGCUGGCUUUUAUGAGGUAUAUUUUAUAAAUAUUUUAUAUUCUUUGUUUUUUUUCUGAAUGUGUAUAUUUGUGUUAUCUUUCCUAGAUUGGAAUAUUUUUGAAUGCUUUGUGUAUAUAUAUAUUGAAGAUAAAAAGCUUUGUUUUUUUGCACCUGUUGUCAAGAAACCACUGAGAUGUACUUACAGUGUCAGACCUUGGAAACAUGCAGGUUCUUAUCAGGUGAUCUUAAUUUGUAAUAAAUGAAUAUUACUAAAUGUU